CUUGAAUUCUAUAUAUAUUCAGUUGUCUAUAGGCCACUUUCCCCUCAAAUAACUUCAAAUCUUUGUAUAUCCGAGUUGAACAAAAGAUAGAGUUUCAGUUCCUAGAUCCAGUGAAGUUCAUAGCCAUGGAAGAUGCCUUAAAGCGCAUCAAAAUUCAAGAAAAUUAUGACCAAGAAAACAAUAAUAUUGAAUUAUCAGUUUUGAUUCCUGGUUUGCCAGACCACUUAGCUCAUCUUUGUCUUUCCAAUCUUCACCCUUCACUUCUUUAUGAUGUUUGCAAAUCUUGGCGACGCCUUAUUUACACCUCAUUUUUUCCUCCUUUUUAUUCUCUUUAUGCUGUAUGCUCUCCAACUACUACUAUUACUUCAUCAUCCAAUAGUAGCAAUAAGCAAUAUGCAAAAGUUGAUGAUCAAAAUUCUGUGGAGUUUUUCUGCUUAGAUCCAAUUUCAUCUAAAUGGAGUUCUUUACCAAAUCCUCCUUCAGAUCCACCUAUUCGUGUACUUCGCCGUCAUCCUUCUUUUAUAUCAAGAAGCCUUUCUAUUCAAUCUUUAACUGUAUCUGAACGUAUGGUUCUUAUUGCUGCUACUACACACAAGUUUCUACCUGCACUUGAACGUCCAUUGGGAUUUAAUCCAUUGUCUAAUGAAUGGUUUUUUGGACCUCAAUUUCCUACGCCACGGCGAUGGUGUGGUACGAGUUCUGUAGAUGGCAGUGUGUAUGUAGCAAGUGGUAUUGGAUCGGUAUACGAUGGAGAUGUAGCGAGGUCCCUAGAGAAAUGGGACGUGAAGAAAAAGGCAAAUGAAUGGAAGUGGGAAAAAAUGGCAGGAUUAAAAGAUGGAAGAUUUAGCAGAGAAGCUGUUGAUGCUAUUGGCUAUAGAGGGAAACUAUGCAUGGUAAAUAUCAAGGGACGUGCAGUAAAACAAGGCGCCGUUUACGACGUAGCGAAAGAUGAGUGGGAAGAGAUGCCAGAGGGAAUGCUAGGAGGAUGGAAUGGACCAGCAGCAACAACAACAAAUGAUGAAAGUGAGAUGUACGUAGUAGAUGAGACAAAGGGAUCAUUGAGUAAAUAUAUAUCAGAAAUUGAUGAAUGGGAAGAGUUGAUUGGGUCUUGUGAUCAUUUGAAAGGUGCUGAGCAAAUUAGUGUUGGAAGAGGACGAGUUUGUGUCAUUUGUAGUGGUGGACGGCAGAUUGCGGUGGUGGAUGUUGCAGUAACACCAGCUAAUGUAAUUCGAGUUGUGAAUACUCCGCCGGAGAUGGAGGCAAUUGCUUUGCAUAUAUUGCCAAGGAUCAAUAUUGUUUCAGACUGAUACAUGGUAAUAUUGAAUUAUCAAAAGAAGGAAGAAACAAAUUUUGCUUA